GAUAGGCUGGGAUCAUGAUCUGACAUGCUGAAUUCUUGUCACUUGGUACAGUCCUGGACUUCAGCCAGUGACAAGAGAAACUGCCUUAACUUGCUCAACACCUCACUUAACAAACAACUUCAGAUAUAUGCUGUCGCUAGCAUGAAGGCUACUCCACAAACGUAAUCAUCCAAUGGCAAAAUUUUAAAAUAUAUCCAUAUAUGGGUGAAUUUGUUUCACAGCUUUUGUACAGGCACAAAAGGAAGGUAGCAGAUGGAGUCUGCUAAUGCCAACGUGCAGUACAACCGCUGGAAUGAAAACGUUAAUCUCAGUGUCGCUGAUUCUCAAUCCAGUACGAAUGAGUUCUGUAACAAACUGUGCACUGGCCAGCUGGGCAUCGCAGUGAGGGUGGCAGGCUCACUGGCUGUAAUGGCCGCCAUGUACAUCAUUGGAUACAUCACCGGAUACUAUGUCCACAGAUGCUGACACAGAGGAGACCCCUCUGUAGAUACUCCAGCUGCUCACCAUGAACCUCCCUAUCUACAGCAUCAUUAUCAAGACUGCCCCAGCAUUUCAAUUUCCUGUCCCGGGGUUGCUUACUCCGAUCAACUCCUUGAAUCAUUCUCAUGGCUAGCUUAUAUAGAAGAUUACAGAGGCAAGCUACUGUAAGUGUAUGGCAGAAUUUUGAGAGCCAAAGUUCUAGCUGAAGCUCCUCUGCUUACCAUUUAUAUCUUUGGAGUGCAGGGCUGUCUCUGAGGCUCCUUGUCAUUGCGCUCUUUCACGCCGCCAGUCAUUUGAGCCGUAACUGAAGCCGUUGCUUUCGCAGCGCCCCACAAAUCCCCAAACAAACCUAUGUUGGACAGUGAUCCUCCUCCAAGGUGCCGACCAAGGCUCAGCUGUUCAGAUGAUAUGGGAAUUUUAAAACAAGGCUUUCAUCUUUUAGGAGCAUCAUAUCCAGGUACAUCAUGUUAUGUUUACAGGUUUUCUAGUUAGGUUUUAGUGGGGCUUUAUGGUGCUCCAGCAAUGUGAUCUUUAUCAGGGACUCUGUCAUGCCUUUGAAAGGCAGUAUAUUUAGCCAUUUACGAAAUACAAAACCCUCCAAAGUCAUUGACGUUAGCUAUUCACUGUAUGAACUUUGACCUGGGCAAGAUAGGCAGUGUUUCUCUAAUGCAUUUUUAUUAAGGUUACACAGCAAGUGAUGAAAGUAAGCCAAGAAUUGACUUAAAGUCUUAUUUAUUAUACACUGAUUGAGAAGUGCUGUACCAAAUGCUUUUAAAUUCUUCUACUGCAUAUCUAUUUCUACCAAAAUAAUAUCAGCGGUUGUUUCACUAUAUUAGCAA